AUGGCGCCAAAGAGAGCUCCUGCGAAGGAAGAGGCGGUGGAGGGGAUGACGGUGGCGCAGCUGAAGGUCAAGGCCAAGGAGCUGAGCCUGGUGACCAGCGGCAGCAAGCAGGACCUAAUCGACCGCAUCAAGAGCGUCGCGCCCGCGCCAAAGCGACCUGCGCCAAAAGCAGCGGCGGAGCCGGCGGCAAAGCGAGGGAAGACCGAAGCCGGCACAGUUGCCAAGGAGCCGGGGCCCAAGGGCAAGGCCAAAGCCAAAGCCAAGACCCGCGGCAAGCCCAAGGUGGAGGAGGAGGAGGAGGAGGAAGAAGAAGAAGAAGAGGCGCCCAGUCCAAAGGCAAAAGCAAAGGCAAAGGCAAAGGGCCGUGCCAAGGAGAAGGAGUCGCCAAAGAAGGAGGCCAAGGCGAAAGCCAAGGGCAAGGCGCAGUCCAAUGCGGCUCAGGACGCCACCGAGGGCCCGGCCUUGGAGGACCUGAAGCCAGCGGAGGGGGAGAUCUAUUACGAAGACGGCGACUUCUGCGUGGAAAUCGCCAAGUCCAGCCGGUCCGGCUGCAAGGUGUGCAAGGAUAAGAUCGUCCAAGGCUGCCUCAGGCCAUUCUGCUUCGACCCGAUUCAGCGCCUGGAGUUCAGAGUCCUGAGUGUCCAGAGUUUCAGCCGGGCGCUUGGCCACCUGCAGCUGUCGCUCAUGGGCAACCAGACAAGCAGAAUGCUGGUCGUCAAGAAGGAGGGCACACCCAUGGAGGCUUUCGGCUGCAAGGAGCUCGCCUUGGCGGCGAAGGCAGCGGGCUCCGGGGACACCCAAUGGGUCAUGCUCUCCAUCAUCAACCAAGAGGAGUGCCGCCCCAGUGUGGUCGCGCUGCCCACUGGCCCCUUGGCCUGGGCGGCCUGCAGCUUGGACUCAGAGGUCUUGGCCCACUGUGAGUCCGUGGAAGAGUUGGCCAAGGGUAAGCUUGAGCUGACCUUCCCGGGAGGCUUGGUGUUUCAGCUCCAGCCAUGCAAGCCGGACGAGUCAAGGUCUUCGCCCUCCUCAAGCACCGAGCAGAUGGGCGCGGCAGGCGAAUCCGGAACUGCCCCGCCGAGCCAGCGCCCGUUUCUGCGUUUGGCAGGAAGGCCUGCUGACUCCACGGGCAGCGUGCAGGACAGCGCGCAGGACAGCGCGCAGGCCAGCGCGCAGGACAGCGCGCAAGACGCCGCCAGGCCUCCUCCAGGCGGCCACGUCGAAAACACGUUGCAGGUGCGGCGGGCCCAGGCCAUGGGCAACGAGAAGCUGGCGCUGGGUGGACCGACGCUGGAUGCUGCGGAGUGUGACAUUGACCUCACAACAAUGCCGGUCAACGAAAUUGAACGGCGCUUGAUGCAAGGUGCUGAGAUCCCCGGGUGGUCCGGGCAUGGAAACCCUCAACGUGAAUUGGGUUACUUGAAGCUCUUCUUCAGCGCGCGCACAAUGGCCUACCAUGCUGAGACCCUUUGGCCUGCAACCGAGCCUGAUGCCGAGACACGCAGGCUGGUCCAGCAGCUGUCCGAGCAGUUGGCCCUCAUGUCUCGGCACGGAGAUUUCAACGGCUUGUCCGAGCAGUCCAACUUCGACAUGAAGGUUGUGGCAACAUGGACGCGGCACAUGAUGAGUGGGGUAGUCCCUCACGGGCCUUUGCUUGGUCAUGCUCGCAUGAUGAAGCACGAGCUGUACUACCACCUCUGGUCCGAGGAUCAGCCGCCAUUUUUGAUGGCGAGGGUGCCUGGCUUGGCUUACGCGCAGUACCCGUUCUUCGCGCACGCCAAAGACAUUACGGAGGGGGUGAGGGAGCUCAUGAUGCAGACGGGUCUUUGGCGGGCACCAGCGCUGCGCAUUCCAAGGACUAUGGCGCUUCCCUCACAGUCAGCCACAGACCUCAACGACUGCUUGCUCAACACGCUUUUCCCCGACAAGCAGGGCCUGCCGAAGCUGCCAGAGGGCAUCCUGCUCCGAGUCCUGAGUCCAGAGGUGAAGGCUCACGCCCGCUACCAGUUGCUCGAAGGUGCUCCGCCGGCGGGAGGUGACUCGCUGUUUUUCGACAACGCGCCCAACCGCUCUUGGUACUUGCAGGGGAAGGUGCACUGGGCUUACUGCUUGCCGCUCGGAUUUGAAGCAAGCUUUUUUGGCGGCCAGCUCUCCCUUGAUUGGGUGAGGCGCGCGGAUGUUCCAGGCCGUGACACCGAGUUUGGGGCGCCGGACUUGAACGGCUUCGGAAAGUUCCAGUAUUUCAGGGGCGUCUACAUCAGCGAAGGCGGCUUUGUGGCUGGAGUGACCCCGGAAAUGUUGAACAGUGUGGUGAACAGGGGCCCCGCCGGACAGGGCUUUGAGCAACGCAGAUCCAGGGGAGGAUGGGUCGUCCAGGGCCCGCGGCCAAAGCGGGUGUGCAUGGGCGGAUGGGUGUGGCAGGAGCCAUACAAUGGUGCUGUCACCUACUACCACGUGCCCAAGGAUUCGGACACCGUGUUCACGUUCAAGCAGUGGUCCCAGGAUGGCGCCUCCUGGCACUGGUCCGAGGAGACAGAGCAGUACGAGGAGGUGCAUGAGGCCGACAACACUUGGCACUUCACCACGGUGGCCGAGUGGUUUGACAUUCGCGACUUCAUUGGGCGCCGUGGUGGCCAGGACCAGGCCGGCCAGUCCGAAGCCGGCCAGCCCGAAGCCGGCAACCAAGACGGCCAGGGCCAAGGUGGUGCCUGGGAUCAGGAUGCCGGUGGCCAGGGUAGCUGGGGCCAAUGGUAA